AUGUCCACCACCAACACCUUCUCCCCGUUUCGCCUCUCCUCCCGGGACCGCGACAGCCUCGACCGGAACGAUGCCUUCCGCCUUGUGCGGGAACAUCUGCGGCGCCAGGAAUUGGGCAUGAAGGCUCCUAGCUUUUGCUCCGAGCAUCGCCAUUCUUGUACCGACCAGAUGCAGGAGACCUUCCGCCUGCAUCGCGACAUCAUCCACACCAUCCUCCUCCCUCUCUUCCUGCUCCACAACCAAGCCUCGCGCAUCGCGACAAGCGUGCUCCCCAGUCGCAAAGGAGCGGAGUCUGAACGGGCGUUCCGCGGUGAGGCGCGCGGUGCAUAUGCGUGGCUGCAUUCCAUCCUUAGUGAGGAGCACGAUUGGUACUUGACCCAGCGUUGCCCCGCCUGCAUCGUCCUGCACGUUUUGAACUCCGAGCCCACUAUCCGUUUUGUGGCCGUGGCGUGCCUGCUGUCAGACCACCUGCAGGGUCUGGACCUGCCCAGCGCUAAGAGGAGACUGCCCAACUUUGACUUCUGGUAUGAGUCGCUGGAGACAGCGGUCCGCCAGGAUCCUUUCUGGGGCGAUGCCUUCUGGCCCGAGAUCGAAUACCGGGCCUGUGCGUUGACCGACGGCGUGAAGCAGCUGGUGCUGCAGUGCUUGGAACUGCAGGCCGCUCUCAGUCGGCAAGACCUGCAGCCUCAGACGUCGUACAAAUCCAGCGCCCACUUUCGGAGUGACUCGUCGCGCCCCUCGGUUACGGUGAAGCAAUCCAGCUGCACCCAGAUGCCUCUCACCUCUGGCGAAGACCAGAAGCUCUUCGCCAAGGCCAGUACCAGUCGUCUGCAUUCCCGAUUGAAUGAACGACCCCAGCGACUACACACGCGCAGACAUGCGGACGCCCGGAGACGAUCCGUGACUUCUUAA